AUGAAACCCACUGUUGUCGAUGAGGCGCUUGUUGUACUGCUGGAAUGCCUUGGUCGCAUCGGCGGCUUUCCUGAAGUGGAUCGUCGCAGUGCCCUUGCUCCGUCCCUGGGCAUCGUAUGCCAUCGAUGCCGAGAUGAUAGGACCGACGGUCGAAGUAAAGAGUUCUCGAACCUGUUGCUCGUUGACGUCGGUAGGCAAGUUGCUGAUCACGAUCUUAUCCCCAAUGCCCUGGAUCCCUGCGGUGGCCGAAGCGCCGGGGUUGUUGUGGGCGGCGGCGGCGGCGGCGGCGGCGGCGGCGUGCUGUUGCGCUCGAGGGCCCCGCGCGCCUGCGGCCUGUUGCUGUGCCGGGGCGGCGUUGGCAGCUCGGGGCGCGCCUCGAGGCUUGCUAGGCCGGCUCUUCUUCUUGGUCGCGAUGAUCUCGUCGAGGGGCUUGUCCAAGUUCUGUAUGGAUGUAGACAAGUAGGGUCCGAUAGGUGA